AUGGGAAGCGCCCCCAGGAAGCAGUCCAAGACCUACAAGGUCCCCAAGCGCCCCUACGAGGCCGCCCGUCUCGACGCCGAGCUCAAGCUCGCCGGCGAGUACGGUCUCCGCAACAAGCGCGAGAUCUGGCGCAUUCAGCUCACCCUCUCCAAGAUCCGUCGUGCUGCUCGUGAGCUCCUCAAGCUCGACGACAAGGACCCCAAGCGUCUCUUCGAGGGUAACGCUCUUAUCCGCCGUCUCGUCCGCAUCGGUGUGCUCGACGACUCGCGCAUGCGUCUCGACUACGUGCUCGCCCUCAAGACCGAGGACUUCCUUGAGCGCCGUCUCCAGACCCAGGUCUUCAAGCUCGGCCUCGCCAAGUCGGUCCACCACGCUCGUGUCCUCAUCCGCCAGCGCCACAUCCGCGUCGGCAAGCAGGUCGUCAACGUCCCCUCGUUCGUUGUCCGCCUCGACUCGCAGAAGCACAUCGACUACUCGCUCAAGUCGCCCUACGGCGGUGGCCGCGCUGGCCGCGUCAAGAGGAAGCGCGCCAAGGCCUCGGAGGGUGCCGGCGACGCCGAGGAGGAGGACGAGGAGUAAACGUCUGGUUCAGCCCAAAAGCCCCAGCGUUCCCUCUCUCGGUUUCCUUUGUACAUUGCGGUGGUAGCCCAUGCAUCCCUGCUGCCAGAGCGACAACACGACACGGCAACACCCAGCCAUUCAGACAUGAAAUGCAUUACGUGCAUUUGAGA